UGCUCGUAUUGUGUAAAUAACUAUCACUGCUCCGUCUCUAUUAUUCCCUCUCCCUACACCGACACACGCGUUUGCCCACUUAUACUACACUCAAGCUGGGGCUCUACCUGAACGACCAUAUAUCAUAAUUCGCUUCUUUAGUGUACAACAACACUCGCGCCUUUCCUCUCACAAACAAUAAAGUACGAAUCCACACUCAUGGACUACUUCGACGGUCUCGAUCAGGAGGCCUUGGACGCAUUCGGCGAACUCAAUCACGAGGGGCCACCACUCAACCCUACAACCGCACCUACUCUGUCCUCCGCGACAAAGCAAGUUCUUCAGGUCUACAAACAGGACCAAAAGUCCAGUAUAGGAGCGAGGAGUAGUUCUCGCAGCAUGAAGUAUCUGUUCAAGCUCAACAGCCCUAUCACCCCGGCCGUACUCUCUUCUGCUGCCAUCCUUCCCUCGCAGCCAGAAAUCAUUAUAGGAGAGGGUGAGGACGGAAUCGCUCAGUUUUGUCAGGUCAACGAACGAGACAUACCUGAAAUUAAGAGCUGGCUCACCGCAAGAUUUCCAUCGUUUUGCCCCAUAUUUGCACCUAUAAACAAGGCCUACAAGGAGCUUUCACCCUUCUCCGCCUACCCCACUCUAGGUGUAGACACAACGAUGCCACAUCUCCGCCCUCAAAGCCUCAUGGAACCCGCACUAUCUCCAGCGCAGGAUCAGUACCCAGUGUGGUAUUUCUUUUACGGUACCCUAGCUAAUUCCCAGUUCUUGGCCGAAUUGUUCUGCGUGCCGGAAGAUAUACCAGUGUUAUUCCGGGCUACUGUAAGCGGUGGAAAGCUCCGAACUUGGGGCAAGAAGUAUCAGGCUUUAGUCAACAGUCCCGGCACACAAGUGGACGGCUGCGCCUGUAAGGUCAUGUCUCGAGACCAAGAAGACGCCUUACUCGUGUAUGAGACAGCAAAAUACGAGGUGGUGAGGGUUCCUAUCGUGUUCAAGGACGGCGCAUACCGAGGCCAGCUCGUUCGAGGCUGCACAUUUCGUUUUUCAGGGGAGGAGAAUGAACUUGACGACGUGUGAAUUUGUCGCUUUACGUGGUCGUAUGUAGCCUAGAGCGUUUGUUUUAGAAGCCUCGUGCAGCUACUCACAGAUAUCUCAGCACUGGAAGAGAAUUUCCCAAGCGCCUACCCACGUUGAGCUAUCGCUAGUUCUGUAAGGUUCAUGAAGUGCGGAGAUGUUUGCGAUUUAUAUAUAAUGUAGAAGGAGCUGAACAAAUGUUAGGCUUCAUGCAUCAAUAAAGAACAUGUGAAUACGGCCUAGUGCUCGGUCUCUUUGGUUUUAAC